UGAUUUGCAUAUGUGGAAUGAUAUAAUACAUAAAGUUCAGACACAGGCACCGAGAUGAAACAGUCUCACAGGUUUACUUGCCACAGAUUUGAACCUCUGGAGAACCAUGAUUUGGAAAAAGGCCUGGAGAAGGUUUAGUGAUGUUGUAGUUUUCUUUUCCUGUCUGCUAGUCAUGCUAACAGGCUUCCAGGUUUGUGCAAAUCUUACAACGCAGAAAUCAGUUCAUUUUGAAAAAGGAGACCGGACAAUUGCAGACCAAGGAAACCCUCAUGUGAUCAGACCAGCCCUUCUGUUCAUCUGUGACCCCAAGGAAAUGAAACAGAUCAUAAAGGUGGACAUCUGUGUAAGAUGGAGUGAAGACAACCUUUCUUUGACUUUAGCAUGCAAAGGACACAAACACAUAAUUUGUUGUAAUUACAGUCUUCCCAUAAAGACCUGCCAUAAUCUCAAGCUUCUUCAAAACAUCUCUUAUGACAAUGCAAAAUUCAUUUUUUUUAAUAACUGGACAGUAUACCAUGAGGAAACAAUAACAAUUCCCAUACCAGGAGGAAGAGUCAAAUGUGACAAACUGGUGCUGAACAAGUGCAGUCCCAGCACCGAGACAGACAAAAACCCCAGAGUUACGCAUGUUGAAUUUAUUCACACACGCAACUACAGUGGGAUACAAAUCUUUGCAAAUUCAAAUAAGAUCUCUCUCAACAAAUCGGAGGUCCCUGACCCCGAAAUCCACAUUGUGCUGCCCCCUGACAUUUUCUCAGGUCUUGCAAACAGACCUCCGCCGACUGUCAAAUUUAUAUUUUCUUUGUACAAAAACUUGAAGGCUCAUAAGCAGGGAAACCAGGUGCAUGCGUGGGUGAACGACUUUGGAAUUGGAAUAGAGGUAGAGAACGUUACCAUCUCCAAUCUUUCACACCCUGCCGUCAUGAGCUUCUCUCACAAAUCCCCAGUCCCGGAAAAUAUGACAACCAAGUGUGUUUUUCUGAACAGAUAUGACAAGUGGGAUGAUUUUGGCUGCCUCAGUGAGAAGCUACAAAAUAGUACAACCUGCAGGUGCAGUCACUUCACCUUUUUUGCUGUACUGAUGAUUCCUGCCUCCAGUCUGGACACACAGAACACUCGCACCCUCACCUACCUCACUUACAUCGGCUGUGCUGUCUCAGCAGCCUUCUGCGCGCUCACUCUCCUGACACACUGGAAACACUGCAGAAGAGCAGCCAGCGAGCACUCCGUUCAGAUCCACGUCAACCUGGCGUCGGCCCUGCUCCUGCUCAACCUCAGCUUUCUGGCCAGCGCGGUGCUGUCGCCUCUCUCCGGCCCAGGCCUGUGCACCGCGAUGGCUGUCCUGCUGCACUACUCCCUGCUCUGCACCUUCACCUGGAUGGCCCUGGAGGCACUGCACCUCUGCCGGCUGCUGUGGCAGCCCUUCACCACCUACAUCCGGCGCUACCUUCUCUGGCUCUGCCUCCUGGGCUGGGGUUUCCCAGCUAGUGUUGUGCUCAUUAUUGUUGCAGUCAACAAGAAGAAUUAUGGUCAGACCACUACUGGUACAUCAUCCAUGUGUUGGGUGACAAACGUGACCAUCCACUAUGCCAGCAUCACCGGAUACUUGGGAAUUGUGCUGUUCUUGAAUGCUGGAAUCCUGGUCUCUGUGAUCACCAAAAUGGCGCAGCUGAGGUCAGUGAGCAGCCACAAUGAAACCAGUCGGACCUGCAAGGCCACCUGCAGCGUGCUGGGGCUCAGCUGUGCGCUGGGGCUCACCUGGGGACUGGGCUUCCUCUCCAUCGGCUACAUCAACCUCCCCAUCCUCUACAUCUUCACCAUCCUGAACUCACUCCAAGGUUUUUUCCUGUUUCUGUGGAUCUGCAUGAUUAGAUAUCGGAAAGAGGAACUUGCGUGGAAAAGCACACAAAAUCUGGAGACAAAGCCGCAAAACAACAUCAUCACCACCACCACCACGUAAACUUAACCACAUAACGUUGAAGUUGUUGUAAUUAAUUCUUCAGCUUUCAAAUGUAACGUGAGACAAAAUAAUUUGCAGGGCAAAAUAAAUAAAUGUG